AGUUGUCUUUCGUCUCCAGUAUUGCUAUCACUCACUUCAGUCACUCUUUUUGGAAGUCAGCCACAUAUCAUUUUCAAACCCACACAAGCGAGCGACAUCUACCACCACCAAUAAUACCACUAAUCUGCAAUGCAAACGCACAGCCAUGAUCACAACGCCCCCCCGCUGUCAAUGAGACGGAAACCGGUACCUGACGCAACGCCCACAACACCACAUGCAACUCACCAACGGCCACAAGCAUAUGCACCAUUUACACCACAACAACAUCCAUACCUGGACCCCCCACCUCCUUAUUCCGGACCAACACAAGGACAAGGCCAAAGUCCAGGGCCAGCAUUCGAACUCAUUGACCUUAUAGACGAUUAUCUAGACGACUUUGACGAUGGUCCCGCUCAAAGUCUCACAGCUGGUCCAGGAUCCCACCUUCGUCAACUCUCUGCUGUUCCCCGGCCUAUCUCAUUCCACAAAGAGCAAACCACAGUUAGUUCGACACGGGAGGUAGUGGCUGACGAUGAAAAGCCGCCUCUUCUUCCACCAAAAGCUCCAGAAAGACAACAAAGACCUGGUACACCCAAUGAACAGGGGGCCCAACAAACAUUCCAGGCGUAUCGGCCCUCGGCGGAAAAACACCCUCCGUUGCUUGAAUUGGGAGAGCAAGCAUUGGGAAGGCCGGCGAGUAGCGGGGCUAGAGGUAGUGAGACGCCGAGGCAUGAACAUGCGGGUGUUCUGCAACCGGGAGGAGGGAGGGGGUUAUCUUCGCCUUUUCACGGCCGACCUCAAACUACUCAAGAUGCACAUCAUGGCUACGGACAUUACCAGCAUUACCAGCAGCAGCAUCAAGGACAUGGGUAUGCUUAUGGCAAUGGAGGACACCACCGGCCUACGAUGCUGGAUAUCCCCUCCGAAAGACAACCUCAUGGGAACUAUCACGACCAUCAAACACAGCAGCACUCCCGCAACCACAACAAUCUCAAAGUGCAAACCAGCAUGCCCGCCCUCCGACCUGGUCCUCCCCUCCCAUCCCCGAGCCAUCUCUCUCCAUAUCCGACCCCUUCUCCGUUAGCGUAUGCAUCCGGGCCUCCUUCCGCGGCGCCCCGAAGCCCAAGCAUCCCGGUUCCUGCACUCCCUCCACGGGCAUCGACUACCGGACAUGGUGGAAGAUUUGGACCUCCUCCUGGGCCUGGGGGACAGUACCACGGGCAACAACCGCACACUCCCUUGACGCCUCACUCGCCGUACCCGCCUUCUUACAACACGACCGCUGGCAGCCCGAAUCGAAACGGAAGUGCUGUGCCCAGUCCCGGACCGUCCGGAGGUCCCGGAACUUUCGGAUCGGAACAAGGACCCACCUGGAACGGAGAAGGCGGAGCGGGACCCACUUAUAACAGCCCGGGCCUUCCCGGACCUCCAGCGGGUCCUCCACCCCGCGCUGUGACGACGACUGCAGCAAUCCCUUUCCCUCCUCCUCCUCCGCAGCCUUUGGGUCUCCCCGGGCAGCAUCCUCACCCCCAACUCGCCCAGCCAUUUCCCCCUCCUCCUCCUCCACCACAACGUUCUCCCGAGCGUCCGCAACCCCACCACGCGGCAACUUUCGCCCUAGCCAAACCACAACAACCCCCGCACCCCCAACUCCACCACUCGCAAUCACUACCACAGCUCCAACAAUCCCCCAAAAAGGAACCCCAAGAAAGCAAAGGCUUCUGGUCCACCGCCCUCUCCGAAACGGCCUACCUCGCCUCAGGCCUCAUCUCCCACCCCUUCGAGUCCACCAAGCACUACACCAUCCUGCGGCACUCGCCCUCGGUGAUCUGGCACCGUGGCCCCAAAACGACCGUUACUAUCUCCAUCUUUUCGAGUCCCAAGUACCCGCUUCCUGCGUUACCUUCUUUGCCGCCUGCUGCUGGUGUCGCUGGAGUCAGUUCCGACACGGCUGGACAUGGAUGGUCGUUGUGGAUUCAGCAGAGAGGAUUUUCGGGGGACAGUGGGAUGAAGAUCAAGAAUUGGCUGGGGGGGAGGGAAGAUUGGGUGUGCGUGACGCCCGCUAGUAAGGUGUUGGCUGAAGAGCUCGAAAGUGGAAGCGCGAGUAAGAAGGGAGGACAAGGAUUGCUAGGGCUAGGCGGAGCGACGGAGGAGAGGGGGUGGAAGCGGGAUAUCAAGCGGACGGAGAAGAAGCUGAGGAAGGAGUUUGGAGAGAAGAAGGGGCAUGUGGCGAGACUGACGGCCGUGGUGAGGGUGCCGGAGGGAUGUGAGGAUGGGUAUUUUCGGGUUCAUCUUUGCCUCAACGGGGAUGCGGAGAAAGAGGAGGAAAAAAAGAAGAAGAGAGAGGCAAAGGGUGGGAAGGAGAAGACCGAAACGAAAGAUCCUCAGUCUGUCCUGGAAGAGCAGAGAAAGAAGAUGAAGGUGUUGUGCUCCAGCCCGAUCUUUAGGUUGGCAUCCACAUCCACCGACCCUUCGUCCAUCCGCGGCGCUUCCCUCUCUACCAUGCCCUUGGAAAUGGGCAUCUCGCUCACUUCCGUUAUCGCCUCCCAGGUCAUCUCUUCCAAGAUUGCUCCGAUCAAGGACCAGAUUACUAACCGCAUCGACCCUAUUCGCGCGCAUCCUAUCGUUGAGGAGCUGGGGAUUAUGGCGACGGAGGAAGUCAAGGCGGCGAGAGAGGAGGCAGAGGAGGAGGAGCAAGAGCGGCUGAGGGAGCUGUUUGGUGCUAUGUGUGUUGCUGGUGGUGUCGGUGCUGGUGUGGCCGCGGCGAGAGGUUUGGAAGGGGGUGGGAACGGCGUUGGGGUUGGGGUGUCGGGCGUGGUUGGGCCCGAUGAAGGACCGUUAGCUCCCUUGCCGAUUCGCUUCGGCGGCAACGUCAUCCCGGGAACGGGAAGAAGCAAAGCGGAAAUGGGCUUCCCAACGGCUAACCUCAAAGACCUCCCGGAGGAAAUCAAGCACCACUUCAAGGGCGUCUACUCCGGCUACGCUCGCAUCGUUCCCGGUAAGGGAGGGCCGAUGGGUCCCGAAGGCCCAACGGAGGUCUGGUACAAGGCCAUCAUUUCCUCCGGCCCGGUGCCGUACGCGAAGAAAACAGCUGUCAUCGUGGAACAACAGACCACGGUAUACUUCAUAACGGACUUCGGCGCAGGCGUGACCUUCUUCGGAAGCAAGGUUGAGGUACUUGUCAUGGGCUUUCUGCAUCCAGUGUUGGACUAUCGCGAGACUAGCCCGCAGUACCGCCUCGACACCGCCCACCAAGAUGUCGUCCUCGCCCUAGCCAGUCUCAAGCGGCCGAAUUGGGCCGCACAAUCCACCCUAGCAAAAAUGGAAACAGCUGAAGCAAACGUAGACGGGGAAAGGGGGCUAAUAGGAGGAUUUAAGAAGACCAAGGUGGUGGAAAAGGGACAAGAAGUAAAAGAGAAGAUAUUCGAGGCCAAGAAAAAGGUGGCGAAGCAGAUUGAUCGGAUACCGGUGCAUAUAGUGGGAAUUAGAAAGGAUGAUGGGAAGGCGAGGGAUCGGUAUUAUGGAACAGGCGGGUAUUGGAUUCCCAGGUGUUAAGGCGUUGGAUUCACGGACGUGAUAAUUGAAAAGUAACUAGUAAUGUAUUGCUCCAAGGUAGAUGAUAGUAGAAGGCUAGGUAUCGAACGAAGCGAGGACGCCUCCCCG